GACAAAUACCAUCGUAGUUGGGACAGCAAAGAAGCUUGAGAUAUAAACCGUAAACAUCUCUUCGAUCUCGGCUUGACUGAUUUCCUAUUCAAUUGUUGCACUCAAAUACCAACAAGUAAUAUAUAAUUCUCACCAAAAUCUACCAAAAUGGCUGAUCAAACCAAGAUUGCAACGCUCGAUAGCACACUUAUCGACCGUCUUCCCACCUCCUCCAAAACCCUCUUUGAAGCUAAAGCCACUAAAGCUCUAACCUUCGAAUCCAUCGCCAACGAACUCGGCCGCUCCGAAGUCGCCGUUGCUGCCCUCUUCUACGGCCAAUCGCAAGCCUCUGCCGCCGACAUCGAGAAGCUUUCUCAAAUCCUCGACGUACCACAGUCGAAACUCGAGGCCGAGCUCGGAGGUUUCCCAGAUCGUGGACGUGCUGGCCCUAUGCCCCCAGUUGAACCUCUCAUCUACCGAUUGUAUGAAAUUGUUCAGAACUAUGGAUAUGCUUACAAGGCUGUCAUGAACGAGAAGUUUGGAGAUGGAAUUAUGAGUGCUAUUUCUUUCAGCACCAAGGUGGAGAAGGAGACUGAUGAGCAGGGAAAUAACUGGGCUGUUAUUACUUUGAGAGGAAAGUGGCUGCCAUUCUCCAGAUUUUAAAUGGUUUUGGAAUGACAGGAAAGAAGGGAAUCGAAUUGGGGGAGGCUUUUUGAAGGAAAAAAUGAUACGCCAAAGCGAUUGCAGAUUUAGUACAUGGUUUCUACGAUUAAUUAUGAGAAAUAUGAAGAAAUUAAUGAAUCAAUGAAUGUUUUGCACAUGGCUUUCCUGGUCGUCAAUGCUACCAUCAUCA